AUGUUAAUGUCACACGGAGAACAUCGCGAAUCAUUCAAACAACGGCGGAAAAGUGAAAAGAAACGAGAGAGGCGAAGAAGUUCGGGAAAUCCACAAACCCGAGAAAGUUUGGCGGUUUUAGCGCAAUUAAUGUUGCCAGCCUUGAUUGAAGAAAAUCCACCACCGGUACUUAAGAUUUGAAAAAUCAACUUCUUUUUAAAAUCUUCAAGCUAAAUUAAUUUCAGGAUGAUCAAAUUGCCACUGUUACAAAUAUCAACAAUCGAAAGAUCUCACAAACCCGCCGACCAGGAAAUCGACUACUUCAACGAGCCAAUUUUCAUAUGCGAAAAGGAGCAGCUGGUGUUUGGGAUGUGAGUUUUAGAUAUGUACCAGGCCAAAAUGGGAUCAUUCAAAAUUUUAAUAAAAAUCGGCUUAAACUGUUUGAAGAGCGUUUCUCAUCAUUUAAAGUUGAAAGACUCAAGUGAGAGGAAAUUUGAAUUUGUUGAGAGUAUGCGCGUUCAUUUGAUUUUCUUCUUUGUACUUGUCUAGUGAGUAUAAGAUAGGUUCUUGAAGAAAAAAAUAAAUGUUUGGAAAUAUUUAUGCUAAAUCACGGGUUUGUUCAGAAUUUUUUCUUUAAUAAGAAUUUAUUUUCAUAAUUUGAUUGUUAUAGAUUGCUGGACGUGCUCAAGCAAUCGGUCGGCGAAAAGUUGAACAACUUCAACAGAAACCUCCACUUUGGAUGGUAAUUCUUCAUCGAGCAUAUCAUAAAUAUGGCUUGAAACAUCUGGUUUUAAUUCUUGUUUUUGUUUUGUAUUGCACACUUGGUGGUUUAAUUUUCUGGCUCAUCGAAGAACCAUAUCAAUCAGAUUUGAAAAACACGUGGGAAGAAGUGAGUUUUUUUAGUUACUGAUUUUUUUAUUUCAAAAAAGUUCUAAAAAUAAAAUUCUGAAUUGGAUCAUUGAACUAACCGAGCCAGAUUCUGAAUGAAAAAUUAGUGGAAAAAAAUCUUGCCCAUUCUUCAAAAUCCCUAUUUACUUCAUCAAAUAUUUUUGCAGCGAAUAAAAGAAAACCGAACAGCUCGAGUCAAUGAAAUGAUGAAAAAUAUGUUCAACAACAGUGAUUAUUUGAUUUAUAUUAAAGGAAAUACAACAAAUCGACUUCAUGAAUUUCUAAACAAGUUUGUUAUUUUCACCUUCAAAAAAUAAAUUAAAUCCCCAUAUUUUUCCAGAGAACUUUCGGUUUAUGAAAACCAAUUGGGUGUGAAAUGGAGCCAACAAAAAAAUGGAUUGGGAUUUUUGGAAUGCAAUUUUGUUUGCUGGCACAAUUUGUACAACAAUUGGCUAUGGACACAUUUACCCAAUGACAGAUUCUGGGAGAAUUAUCACAAUGGUUUUUGCACUUUUUGGUCAGAUUCUGAAAAUUCUAUAGUUUAAAAAUUAUAUAACUCUCAAUUUUUUCAGGAAUUCCACUGAUGUUAUUGGUUCUUCAGGACUUUGGUAAAUUAUUAACAAUGUCGAUGAAAUUUCCGUGGUUUCAAGUGAAACGAUUAAUGAGGAGGAUUUUGAGGUGUUGUACAAAGCAACCGAUUGAUGAAAUGCGAGAAAUUGAAGAGCAAGAAAGGAAGGAUCUGGAUAUUUUUGAUCUACCAUUGCCUGUUGGAAUAUCGCUGAUUGUUAUUUGGGUAAGUAAGGAAAACGUUUAUUAUUUCAUUUUCUAUAAAAAAUCUCAAAAAUUCCAAAAAUGUUUUCAGAUUUUUAUUUGCUCAUUUGUUUUAUCAAUAAUGGAUCCAAAUUGGACAAUUCUCGAAUCCUUUUACUUUUUCUUCACCUCACUGAGUACUGUUGGUUUAGGUGAUCUCGUUCCAGCGUCUCCAAAACUUCUUCUCACAUUAUUCGGUUUUAUUCUCGUUGGUCUUUCACUUGUUUCAAUGGUUAUCAAUCUUCUUCAAAUGAAAAUGAAGAAAACUUACGAAACAGGAAAUCAAGAAGGAUUGAAUAGUCGAAAAGUUACAGCAUCUCUUGGAAUUAUUCAAGUGAGUUACAGUGGUUUCAAAUUUUUUUCUUGUGUUGUUGAAUAUUUUUGGGUCACACAUCAAGUUCUACUUUGUGUUCUUUGUCGAACUGAUAACAUUUUUCAAUAAAACCAAGAAUUCAAUUACAUAAAUUUGGUAUUCAAAAAAAAUACCUAUGUGACAUUUAUGAAUAAAGAUCAAAUAAAAUUGGAAAAAAAUAUAAUUGCAGUGUUUCGAGGAGGAAGAGAAAAAAGCGGAUCAAUCAGAAAGAAGUUUGAGCAGAUCUACACAAACAAGUUUGAGUCUACCAGGUGUUAAACAGGUAUGAUUUCAUUUGAUCAAUGCCCAGGAAUUUCUAUUUUUAGAGUCAACGAAAAUAGAAAUAACUAACAUAAACCAAAAAAAGAAAGACCCCCUAAUAUUAUUAUUAUCAUGAAAAAUAUAGAUAAGAAGAGAAAAAUGUGUAUUUUUGGUAACACAAGAAUGAUUCUCAUGACUAACCUAACAAGGAAACACUAUACAGGCAAGAAUAAAUGAAUCAUACGUCAUUCAGGUUGUAUUACGAUCAGAUGGUGUUCAUUGGAUAAACACUUCAACCAGUUCGCCGACCAAAUCUCCUGAUGAGGUGAGAAAAUAGUUGGAAUUUCAAAAAAAAAUAAAUGUGUGAUCAAUUGUUUCCUGAAGAUUUGGGAACUCAUUUCAAAAUUUUCUGAGAAUCUGUAAGGAUGAGAUUUCUAAAAGUGAAAAGUGAAGAUCAUCAGUACCGCGCAUAUGCCAAGAGGGCAAAAAUUCAAUUUUCAAGUAUCAGAGUCUAGAAAGAAUCCCUCCAGUUUUUUCAGUUAAAAUUGCAAAAAAAAAUUCGGAAGAUUUUGAAACCAACCAAAAAAUAUGUUUUUUUGGUCUGUUAUUUUUGCCAAAUCUAAUUUCCCAAAAACAUUUCAAAAUCCUUCGAAAAUAUUUCGCAGAUCUAAAAACAUUUUCACUUAUCAAAUUAUUUCUUGGAAAAGAAAAUCCCUGAAAAAAUCCACGAAAACAUUUUUAUUUUUUGCAGGUGACUCAUUUAGUCGAACACGAGUCAGGACUUCGAGUUUGCGAGCAAAUCGGUGAUAAUAACAACGAUGAAGAUUAUUCUGAAAAUGAUAGUAUGUUGUAUGAAACUGAUGUUCUUCUCGAAGUCGCCGAAAGUUGUUCGGAUGUUGAAAAAGGCGCCGAUUUCGACAGUAGUUUGUCUCAUUGA